AUGAAGCACAAGGCUGCACAAUCCUCCCCUCCUGUUCCAAAUUCAAAAGCUUCCAAGCCCACAUCCUCCCAACCAUCCGGAAACCAAAAUAUAAUCGAAAUAGACUCUGAUGAAGUAAACUAUGUCGACAUGGAUGAUAGUGAUUCCAAAAAUCCUACCAAAAGUCAAUCCUUGAAGCGAAGUUGGGUGUGGCUCCACUUCAAAGAAGAAGUCGGACCUCAGGCGGAGAACCUGGCUGUCUGUCAAGUUGUUCAAAGAGGUGGGAAAUUGUGUGGGGCUUCAAUGAAGAGAGACAAGAGCAAAAGUAUGAAAAAUCUCCACGGACACCUUUACAACAUGCACAAACUGGCAGAUCCAAAGCUCCUGAAGAAGACAAAGAAAUCGAGCCAUAUUGACAUUAGAACGUGGGCCAAGAAGGGUGAAUGCAAGCCAAAGGUGCAACUCAAUAGUGAAUCCCUGAAGAACGCACUGGUAUACUUUCUGGCCAAGUGCAACCUUUCCUUUUGCCUCAUUGAACAAAAAUCUUAUCGCGAACUGGUUCACCUCAUCAACAAGGAUGCGGCACCACUAGUCAGGCAGAUGUGCAGAUCCGGAAUCGCUACACAUCUUGCCAGAGUGUGUUGGAAUCUGGUUCACGGUGUUGGGACUACAUCUUGUGAUGUCAUAGGAGCGGCGCAUACAUCUUAUGAUGUCAUAGGAUCAGGAGUGUGA